UAACAUAUCAUGUUAUAUAUCAAAAGAACAUUGAUUUAUUAGUUCAUAAGUAUAUUUAAAAAUAAAUAUGAUUAUUUAUUCAAAUAUAUUCAUAUGAAAUAGGCUUUUAAACAGACUAACAGACCAUAUUAGACUUUCAAAAGGUCAGACUCAAACCUAAAAGAUAAGCCUAUGAUAGGUCACAGGCCAGACUCAUGCCUUCAAAUUUUUGACAGGUCAGACUCAGGCUUGACAAAGUCUAGUUCGACCUAGCCUAUUUCCACCUCUAGAGUCAAUGUAUUUUGCUUUCAUUUUGAUCUUUAUUCAUCUUGCUACAUGGUGACCAAGUUUCAUCUUGCUUUCAUUUGGCGUCCUACAGAUUUUCAUUUUUACCUAUUUUAAAAAAAUUCAUCGGCUAUUUAAGUAGCGGACGUUAUAAAAAUGAUUUUUUUUUUCGAAAAAUAUAGUCGCUACUUAGUAGCGGUAACAGACAUUAUAAAAAACAAAUCUAAUAGAGUAUUUUUGGGGCGUAUCUUCAACCUAAAUAGCGGACAUGAUUAUUUUUGUAAAUUCGUAAGACGCGCGAGAAAAAGAUUGAUGACAAAAGAAAAUCUCCAAGUUCAUGAUUUGAGCGAAGCCCAUUAAUAAAGAUGUUUUCUCAUUAGGUCCUCAUGGUUCUUUUUCCCCCUGGAUUUUACUUCUUUUCCCUUGAAUAAAAACUUCAGUUCGUAGAAAAAAUUCAGUUUCUACGAACCGAAAUUUUUAUCAAAGACAAAAUGAAAAUAUUUAAAGGUAUAAAAGAUCUAUGGGAGGCCUAAAGAGAAAAUAUCAUUAAUAAAACAACCGGGCCUUAAAAACGAAGGCCCGUUAAACCCACACGGAAGUAGUAGUAGUAGUCUUCGUGUUUUCUUCCUCCCAUUUCCACGGCGAUCGCCACCACCGCACACAAAUGACGCACUAACAGUUCCACCAUAACUGAAUCACACACACAUACCGUUAUCACCAUCACCAUGCCGUUAUCUUCAGUCUCUACUCGUCUCACACUCCUUGCUCUCUUCUCCGCCACAACUUUCUACUGCAUCUAUAAAUCUCGCCGUUUAAGAAACCUCAAACUAAACCUCUCUCUAAACCCUAACCCUAACACUAACACUAAACUCAAUCUCCCUAAGAUACUUUUCAUUUCCGAAACCGGAACUUCCAAAUCCCUCGCUAACCGUCUCCACCGUUUUCUUUCCUUAAACGACGUCGCAUUUGAAAUCAUCGAUGGACGAAGCUACGAACCCGAAGAUCUCCCUAAGGAAACGAUCCUUCUCAUCGUUGCUUCCACUUGGGAAGACGGAAAACCACCGCCUGCUUAUAGAUUUUUUGCUGAUUGGCUUGCUGAGAGUUCUGAAGAUUUUAGAGUUGGUUCGUUGUUGCUUUCUAAGUGUAGGUUUGCGGUGUUCGGUGUCGGUAGUCGAGGUUAUGGUGAGACUUUUAAUGCGGUUGGUAAGGAGAUUGUUAAACGGAUGAAGGCGUUGGGCGGUGCUGAGAUGAUUCCGUUGUUUGAAGGGGAUGUUGAUGGUGGUGAUGUGGAUGAGGUUUUUGAUAAGUGGUGUGUGAAGGUUGUUGAAUUGUUGAAAGGGGGUGGUGGUGAGGAUGGUGGUGAUUUGGAGAAUGGGGAGGAGGAAUGUGGUGUUUUGAGUUCUGAUGAAGAGGAGUCUGAUGAUGAGGAGGAGGAAGAGGUGGAAUCGGAUAUUGUUGAUCUUGAAGACAUUGCCGGUAAAGCUCCUUCGAGGAAGUCCGUGGCUACGGUGGCGGAGACUAAUGGGAAGUUGAAUGGUGGCAAGAAACAAAUGGUGACUCCUGUGAUAAGAGCAAAUUUGGUGAAACAGGGAUAUAAGAUUAUUGGUUCACAUAGUGGUGUCAAGAUUUGUAGAUGGACUAAGUCACAGCUUCGUGGUCGAGGUGGUUGUUACAAGCAUUCAUUUUAUGGAAUCGAGAGUCAUAGGUGCAUGGAGGCAACCCCCAGCUUGGCAUGUGCAAAUAAAUGUGUUUUCUGCUGGAGGCAUCACACAAAUCCAGUAGCAAAAAGUUGGCAGUGGGAGAUGGACGAUCCAUUAGAGAUUGUAAAUUCUGCAAUAGAGCAGCAUACAAAUAUGAUUAAACAAAUGAAAGGAGUUCCCGGAGUCACCUUGGAGCGAUUAAAUGAAGGAUUCACACCACGGCAUUGUGCACUUUCUCUUGUUGGUGAACCUAUUAUGUAUCCAGAGAUAAAUGCACUAGUGGAUGAGUUGCACAGAAGGAGGAUUUCCACUUUUCUAGUUACAAAUGCACAAUUUCCAGAGAAAAUUAAGUCGCUGAAGCCAAUCACUCAGUUAUAUGUCAGUGUUGAUGCCGGAACAAAGGACUCUCUAAAGGCAAUUGAUAGACCACUCUUUGGAGAUUUUUGGGAAAGGUUUAUUGAUUCCUUGACUGCUCUGAAGGAAAAACAUCAGCGUACUGUAUACCGUCUGACCCUUGUGAAAGGUUGGAAUGCUGAAGAGGUUGAUGCCUAUUAUAAUCUCUUUAGUAUAGGAGAACCCGACUUUAUUGAAAUCAAGGGAGUAACAUAUUGUGGCUCGACCGCUACAUCAAAAUUGACAAUGGAAAAUGUCCCUUGGCAUGCCGACGUGAAAGCUUUCUCAGAGGCUCUGGCUCUGAAAAGCCAAGGGGAGUAUGAAGUUGCCUGUGAGCAUGUUCACUCAUGUUGCGUGCUUUUAGCAAAAACUAAGAAGUUCAAAAUUGAUGGCCAGUGGUAUACAUGGAUAGACUAUGAGAAAUUUCAUGAUCUGGUGGCUUCUGGAAGUACUUUUGACAGCAAAGAUUAUAUGGCUGCCACACCAGCUUGGGCUGUCUAUGGAGCUGAGGAAGGUGGAUUUGAUCCAGCACAAUUAAGAUAUAAAAAAGAGAGACAUCACAAGUCGAGUCGCAAAGAAUCAGGUUAGAAAUUUAGGAGCAGCCAACAUCCGUUUCCCCUUUUAUCUUACUUACGUGUGUAACUCAAUAGGCAUUACAGGAUAGUUUUGUAAUACAAUGCUUUAGACGUAGGUGGUUAAACUAUUCUGGUGUAUUUAAGUUCCAAUGUUUUCCCAAUUCAAGGCAAUUGAGGAGAGAAUUUUGUUUAGUGGUUUUAAUUAAUUAUUGUAGUUGCAGAAUAUAGAGAUUUGUCUUGCAGCUAUUUGUUUUCGAAAUUGAGAUUGGAAUAAUAUGCUUGGGCUUUGGCUGCAAUAAUAAUAGAUACGAAAUAGCAUUGCAUAA